CCGCUCGCUUCUCUUCUGUUCUGUCGCCGGCGACUGUACACCCACCGACCCUACCCGAAGCGUAAUUUAUAACGCCCAUAUACCCCGCCCCGCCACAACGGUUGAUUUGACAGUACCAGUCGAUUCUUUGUCACCUACGCGCUAUCAACUUUUUUGGGGAUAACUGCCUCAAAAGAAACAGUCCGCGCAUACCAUGUCCACCAAAAAAAACCUCCCACGCAACCUUGUCGGCGCCCUCGGGGACCCCGGCAGCAUCAAAUCCGUGCCUCCCCCCAGCACAUCCUCGACCGCCGCGGCACCGUCCUCCACCGCCCCCUCCACAUCCUCGACCUCCGGCCCGGUCAUCAACGGCGUGCACCUGAUGAACGAACCCGACUCGACAAAGAUCAUCAGUGUACCCGCUAAUGAUGGACGUACGGGGGAGAGCAUCGAGCUGCAGUAUACGGGGUAUAAGGUGAUUGGGAAUGGAUCGUUUGGGGUCGUGUUUCAGGCGCAGCUGCUUCCGGGACGGGAACAGGUUGCUAUUAAGAAGGUUUUGCAGGAUAAGAGGUUUAAGAACCGCGAACUCCAAAUCAUGCGUCUCCUCGACCACCGCAACAUCUGCUCCCUCAAGGCCUUCUUCUACUCCAACGGCGACAAAAAGGACGAGCUGUUCCUUAACCUCACCUUAGAGUAUAUCCCCGAGACGAUAUACAAGGCCUCCAGACACCAUUCCAAGGCCAAGCAGACUAUGCCCAUGUUGCUUAUUAAGUUGUAUAUGUACCAGCUGUUCAGAUCGCUGGCGUAUAUCCAUUGCUUGGGGGUUUGUCAUCGUGAUAUUAAGCCUCAGAAUCUGCUCCUAGACCCACACUCAGGCGUCCUGAAGCUGUGCGAUUUCGGCUCGGCCAAGAUCCUGGUCAAGGACGAGCCGAACGUGUCGUACAUCUGCUCGAGGUAUUACCGCGCACCUGAGCUUAUUUUUGGCGCGACGGAUUAUUCUGUUAGCAUCGAUAUAUGGUCCACAGGCUGCGUAAUGGCCGAACUAAUGCUCGGCGCGCCCAUCUUCCCCGGCGAAUCGGGCGUCGACCAACUCGUAGAAAUCAUCAAAGUCCUCGGCACCCCGACCCGCGAGCAGAUCAAGAGCAUGAACCGCAACUACACCGAUUAUAAGUUUCCGCAGAUUAAGGCUAGUCCGUGGCAAAAGACCUUCCGCGCAAAACCUACCACCCCCGAAUCCCUCGACCUGAUCGCCAAGCUCCUCGAAUACACGCCCCUGAACCGCCUCACCGCCAUCGAAGCCCUCGCCCACAACUUCUUUGACGAGCUGCGUGAUCCGAACACGCGCAUGCCCAACGGGAAGGAGUUACCCCAGCUGUUUGAUUUCAGUCCCAUGGAAUUGUCGAUCCAGCCGGACUUGAACCGCGCACUGGUCCCGCCCCACGCGGAGGCCGCGCUGCGCGCCCGCGGUAUCGAGCUGGAUACGUUUGUGCCGGUGAAGAUCGAGCGGCCUACCUUGAAUGACUGAGACAAAAAA